GGGGGUGGGCUUUCUAAUCGUUCAUCACCAUUCCCGUGCAGGCGCCAGACGCUGUAGUCUGUGCCUUACUGCAGGUAAACCUUGUGGAACAGUGUAGGGGGUGCGAGAGAAGCAUACAAGAAUCUGGCCCCUUCAGCCCGUACCCGGACUGCCUCCCCUUCCCAGCGCAAGAUCCCGUGCACAUGGAGGAAACAAUGGAGGCUAUGCGGGACAUAGAUGGAUCUCGGUCUGGGGUUGAUCUCCCGUUUUCUUGGCUGGACUUUCAGAUCUGCAUGCAAAUCCCAAAGGAAGGGACAAUACUGUAGUACCACUGCUCUCUGCAGCCUCUUGAGAGAGAUAGAGAAGUCUUCAAGAACUUUAGAAAGAACAUUCUUCUGUGGACCAACAUGCAGGAGAGCUAUGAAACAGUGAUCUCAUUGGCAGAAGAACUUGCCAUAAGCUGGCCCCGGAUAACUGCCUUUACAGAGAUUCGAGGACGUCAAGGUUUGGCUCAUGGCUUAGAAAUGGAACCUGAGCAAGGGCAGCUGGCUCCCUUACAGGGCGAAGCAGCAGCUGCUACAGCUGGGUCAAGUGGGGAAGGGAUUUUUCCAGACAUCCGGAGGCAACUGGGGGUAAUUCUGCAAACUAUAGGGAAGGCUCAAGUGGAGAAGAUGCUCAGGGAGCUGGUGAAGGAGCAGGAGCAGCAGGGAAAAGUCAGGCGGCGGAAAAAAGUGAGCAGGAGCCCUCGACAUGGAGGUGAUGAAACAGUAGGACAAAAUAACUUGGAGAUUUCAAGGGAACUCCAUACUGGAAUAGCAGAUGGACCAGCUGUGCUACCCAGAAAACCAUUUGGAAGUGAAGCUCAAGUGUCCCUCAAGCGUCCAGGACUGGCAGGACCAAAACAACCCAAGAUGAUUCGUGGAGAUAUGAGAGGGUGUAAGAAUACUUCUACCCAGCAAAUUCCUUUAGGAACAAGAUGGGGGGCAGGCCUUGAGCCUAGAGAGAGUAUUAACCACAGUUUAUUCCCAAACAUGAGCCAUGAUUCCCAGGAAGCUGGGAGAAUCUGCCCAUCUUUCGUUGAAAGAGCCCAGUUCUUAGGAUGGCAAAAACCACACUACACACAAAGACGUCAGCGUUUACCCGCAGGGGAGAAGCCUCAUCAUUGUGGGUCAUGCAGGAGAACUGUUGCAAACCCAUCAUUAAGACCUAACUCCCCUCAUAAUUCUGCAUUGAUUCCUUUCUUGAAUUCUGCCCCUGAAUUUUCUUCUACCUUGACCCUAAAUUCUAUAGGGCCACUGAAUACCCAGGCUCUGUCAGGUAACCCAGCUUCUACCCAGUCUCAAAAACCCCAUGCCUGUGAGGAAUGUGGCAAACGAUUCCGAAUCCUAGCAAAUUUGGAACGGCAUCAGCAACGUCACACAGCAGAAAAACCACACCAGUGCAGAGACUGUGGGCGCCGUUUCCGCUGGGGUUGCCACUUAGAGCGCCAUAGGCGAUCACGCCGCUGUGUGGAAUGUGGUGGAGGCCUUGCAACACCUCCUCCACCCCCAACUCCACCUCCAGAACCUGACCGACCCUAUUCCUGUGGGGAGUGUGGGAGGCGAUUUACACAACGGUCAGCGCUCAGCAAACAUAGGCGUCUGCACUCAGGGGAGCGUCCCUAUGGGUGUGGAGAGUGUGGGAAACGCUUCCUGCAACGCUCUGACCUCACUAUUCACAUCCGCUCACAUUCUGGUGAGCAACCCUAUGCCUGCACAGAGUGUGGACGCCGUUUCAGUGUCAGUUCAAACCUCAGUAAGCACAGACGUAUGCAUCGGGGGGAGCGCCCUCAUGCAUGUCCUGUCUGCUCCAAACGCUUUCUGCAGCGCUCAGAGCUUCUCAUCCACCAGCGUGCUCACACUGGGGAGCGCCCCUAUCCAUGCACAGCUUGUGGAAAGCGCUUUGCUCGCCGGGCUCAUCUCAAACGCCAUCAGCGAACCCAUGGGGGACUCCCUGACACAACUACUGCAUCUCGGCACCAAAAUGCUCAUCUUUUAACUACUUCCUCACCAGAUGCUAUGUCUUUCGCGAACAUCAACAACAUGAACUUGGGGUGACUGAUGUCCUAGAAUCACAUAUUCAAGCCAAUACAGUUGCCACAGGGUCAUGCCCACCUGUAGUUGGGCCUACUGCUUUCUCAACGGCUUGAAAUUGUGUGACUGCUUCUUCACUGGGUCUACCCUAGACUGUGUCCUCUUUAGGAUGUCUUCCCUUCUGCUAUAGCAUUUUUUGCUGGGGGCAAUCUGAGUUCUGAUUCUGGCAUCAUAUUAGCCCCUUAUCCUCGUCUAUUUGGAGACUUGACAGGUUUUUGUUUUUUUUUUUUUUGGCUUGGGCCUCCUUAGAACUUCUUUGCAUGCCUUUAUAGGGCAUGGAGUCAGUGAAAUAUUCAUGAUCAUCUGCUACAUUCCCUGAAUUAUUGAUUUAUCUUGGUAAUAGCUUGUCAAGUUUGACUAUUCAAAAUUAACUGCAAUUCACUGAUGUGUGAUUAUGUCUUGGAAACCACAAUCACAACAGGCAUUUAUUAACAGAUUCCACAGACAUAGUUCUUUUUUCCUUUGACAUAGUCCACUACAUGAUUCUCCUCCUUUUCCCUAUUUUUGUAAAUUUAACCAUUGCCCAACAUUACCCUUGGCCAAAAAUCUCAUUUUGAGCAGAUUGCCGUUGUUUCUCUGAUGGGAACUGUCAUGAGAGAACAGUAGUUCAGAAUCGGGAAACGGUGUUAUGUUGUGACUUGGACUUCAUUGCUGUUCAUGGAAUUUGGGAAAAGAUGACCCGUGCCUCCAAAAGUGUCAUUAGUGCUCUUUUACCAUCGGCCUGGAGGAACAUUGUCCAUGGGAUCACAAUGGGUCGGACACGACUUUGCAACUAACAACAACAACAACAACCAUCAGCUCCUGAGAAAGCAAACUUAGAGGAGAAAGUCAGGAACUGCCUCUUUUUUGAGAAUUCUGGAUUAGAACAUUUUAGAAUAGUCUGCUUAUUACAUCUACUGGUAAUUCAGCCAGUUUUGAAGAGAAUGGUAAAGCUACUGCUGUGUAAGGACUACAAUAUUUUGGUCCACACUACUGUGACAGGCAAUUCCAGAUGUAUGAUUAUUUACCAGGCCAGUGUUAUAGUCCAACUUGUAUAUUCUUGAUAUAUGUAAGGCUGCCAUUUUGUUUUUCAUCAUAAAGUUGGCCAUGGCCUCUAGGUUAGGGAAGCAAUAUCGGAUUUAAAACUAAUACAGUAGAACUUAGUUUUAUCAUUUUUUUUAACCACGUAUUUUCUUUUAAACCACAUAGUUCAAUCCCGGAACGUAUACAGGUAUGAACCAAAUAGAAUAUUUUGUAACAAUCUUCCACAGAAGUUGAUCUGCAUCUUUCAUAUUAUAACAAGUAUUUGGGGUUGAGGUCACAGCCUCAAAAUGGUUUGGAGCUUCUCCAUUUUAUAACUGAACAUCAGGGAGCUCAUGAUGAUAUGAAACAUGACUUUUUUGCGUAUGCAAUUUUUUUUAUCAUAGUAUCUCUUCUGUCUUACCCAGUGCAGAUCUACUCUUUAUCAGGCCUGUGUAUUAAAGCUUGCAUGGAGAAAUACAAUGUUGGAAUGACCUGACAAUGCUGCAUGUUUCAAGAAACAGUCAUCAG